AUGUCAAACAAUACACCUUAUCAACCAUAUAGAGAUAAUAGUGGAGGUGUAAGAAUAGAUAUAAGUGGUAGAACCACUACAAAUACUUCUCCUAAUAAUAAUAAUAAUAGACAAAUAGGAUCAGCAUCAGCAGCAGAAUCAAACAAUCAAAAUAAUCAAAACAACAAUAAUUACUUUUCAGAUUUGAAGAAAGGAGAGAUUGCAGAGUUAAGAUAUCUACUAAAGAAUGCAUCGAAUGAAAGAGAUGGAGAGAAGAUAAGAUCUUCAUUACAACGUAUUAUAUAUUAUAUGACAAUGGGUAUCGAUGUCUCUCCGUUGUUCCCCGAUAUCAUCAUGGUUGUCAACACAACCGAUCUAAUCAUCAAGAAAUUAGUAUACCUCUACAUAUGUCACUAUGCAGUACACGGUGACAACGACUCACUAUUACUCUUAGUAAUAAAUACAUUAUGUCUUGACUUUCAAGAUUCAAAUCCAAUGGUUAGAGGUUUAGCAUUAAGAAGUUUAUGUUCAUUUGAUUCACAAACAACAUUUGAAUAUUCAUUUAAAUGUGUUAUGAAAUCACUUGGUGAUCCCUCUGCAUAUGUUAGAAAGACUGGUUUGAUCGGUCUUGCGAAGCUGUAUCAUGUGACACCCGAAGACCAGAGAGACUCUACUUUUGGCGAUUUGAUACCAAAGGUCUAUGGUAUGAUAAUGGAUCAAGACCCACAGGUAAUAGUCAAUACUCUAUACACACUCGAUGAGAUUCGUCCAAACUGGCAGGUAUCACAACAGGUCACAAGACAUCUAAUGGCAAAGUUCAAAGAGGCAAACGAAUGGGGUCAGACCGCAAUAGUAAAUACAAUUCAACGUUAUAAUCUUAUUAAUGAAGAUGAAAUAUAUGAUUUUCUUAACUUCUUUGAUGACAAGUUAAAAUAUUCAAAUAGUUCAUUGGUAUUAUCGAUUGUAAAGCUGUUCUUAAAGAUAACAGAGAAUGAUAGUAAUAUACAUGAACAAGUGUUUGGUAGAUUGAAAGAUCCUUUGAUUACAUUGAUGGAAUGCAGUACGUUUGACUCUUAUGAAAUCAGCUAUGCAGUGCUAUCACAUAUCUACUUGAUCAUCAGUAGAGCACCGACAUUGUUUCAACCAGACUAUCGUUACUUCUAUUGUCUAAACAAAGAUCCACUCUACAUCAAAUCGUUGAAAGUUAAAAUACUAAAAGAUCUCGUAAAUCAUACCACUGUAAAUGAUAUUCUCUCUGAAUUGAGUGAAUAUGUAUAUACUUAUAAUUAUAAUAGCAAUAACAAUAAUAAUAAUAGUAGUAAUAAUAAUAAUAAUGAUUCUUCUACAAUAGUAGAUAAUAGUAAUAAUAAUAAUAAUGAUAUAUCAUUCUUAAAAGAAGUUAUAGAUACAAUUGUAUCAAUUGGUUGUUCGUUGGAGGAAAAGUCAGAGAGUGUAUUGGAUGUGUUGUUAGAGUUUCUUUAUUCCGAUCGGUUGGAUACGGUUGUUGCUUUUUGUGUGGUUGCUUUGAAAGACUAUCUUCGUGUCUAUCCAGAGUCGGCUGCCAAGGUAUUACCGCUUGUUACCGACAAGCUUUUGGUUCUAAACGAUUCCGAUGCUAUUGAAUCGUUGCUUUGGAUGCUUGCAGAGUAUCAAGAUGAUAGUCGUUAUCAUGGUAACAUCAAUAGUGGUGAUGGUAAUACCAACAUUGUAUAUAUUAUAGAGAAAUUCUUGGAUGAUCAUUCAACGACACCCAACAAAUUCAAAUCAUCACUCGCCACCAAUGUAAAGAUACAGCUACUUACUACUUGUACUCGUCUCUUUGCCAAUCAAAAAACAAGUGGUGAGAUCUAUCCUAUUCUACUCAGACUGUUCAAAGCUUGCUCAUCGAUAGAUUGCGAUCCAGCACUAAGAGAUCAAUGUCUUUACUACUACAGACUUUUAUUAUACGAUAUUGACAAAGCAACAAAGAUAAUCAAUACCAAGAUCGACAAGAAUGAAAGCAGUAUAUUUGUAGAAGAUGAAAUUUUAGAAUAUAGAGAUAAGAUAUUCGAUGAAUUCAAUACUCUAUCUAUUAUCUAUGGUAAACCAUCAUCUUCUUAUAUCAAACCACCAACAUCUGUAGCACUUAUAUUAUCACCACUAUCGACUUCAAUUCCAUCAUCACCAACAAUGAAACAUCAAUCACAACAACCACAGCAAUCACAAACACCAGAUCUUUUACUUGAAUUCGAAACAUCAUCACAACAAAUAGUUGAUAACUUUACAUUGGAAUCACAAACAGAGAUACAACCAGAGGAUUUCCAAGAGAAUUGGUUAAACUUUGAAGAAGGUCAUAGAUUCGAUAUACAAUUAGAGAAACUAAUAGAUACAAAUGAAAUGGAGAAACUACUGACUAGCAAAGGAAUUAUGUGUUUGGCAUUCGGUAGUGUUGCAGGUGUAACCAAAUUGUAUUACUAUGCUCAAGAGAUUGAAAAUGGUCCGUUGUUUCUACUGGAGAUCUUGAUCAAUGAGAAAACACUCCUCAUGACACUCUGUUUUAAAUCAAAUAAUCAAAAACGAUUACACAACAAACUAGUUCCCCUAUUCUUAUCUACUUUAUCAAAGUUGAUACCAAAUAUUUAA